CAUGGUAUCUGCGCAGUGUAGAUUGAUUCAGACCACGUUGAGGGAGGAUAGUGUAAACAUACGUUAUCGUCGUUAAAGAUGACGGUGUAUUUGAAUGCAGACGUAACAUAGCAGUGGCGUUUGAAAUGAGGAGACAAAAUCUGACCAGAGAAGUAAAUCAAGUAAAAGCACAAGCACCUCUAACCGGCUCUCAAAGACAACAGGAAGUGAACGACCAGAUUUUUCGUCAUGUUCAAGAUAUGUUUGACGGAAAAGUUGAUGGGGAUGUGGUGUUUAUCAUCCUUCAAGAAUUAGAAUGGAAUGUGGAAAAAGCAAUAGAUACUUUGUGUACUAUGUGUGGAAGCCAGAUAGAUGCAACCAAGAAGAAAAGCAAGUUAACUGAAAUAGCUAGAGAUGUCCUGUGCUUGGAUAAGAAAAAUAAGUUUUCCCACCAAUCAACACAGAAUCUUAUGCCCUCUGAGUUUCCUGCACUGGGUUCGCUUCAAAGUUCUGAAAAACCAAACUCAAGGGAGUCCACUCUAAAUGUUUUAGAUGCACAAAGAUUAGAUAAAAAAUCUUUACUUGUGAGUCAACAAAAAGACCAGGUGGGAAAUGCUAUUACAAAUGUAAAUUCAGGCAAUGAAUUUAUAAGAUUAACAACCUCUUCUGCGUAUAAUGCUGGGAUAUCCUCACCUGGCAGUAUAACUCCAGCAGAAACUAGCCCAAGACAUGUUGGUGUAAUUGGUGAAAAAUUAAACAGAAAAUCAAGGGACAGUUCACUAUCUCCUGGCAGUUUUGAAAGUCCAUCUAAAUAUUCUGAAGAAGGAAAAAAUAUUGAAAGCCAGAAUGGAUUACCAAAGCCUGAACUUACUGACUAUAGGUCAGAGAGACUUGCCAAGUAUGAUGAUGUUCAAGGAGGAAGUUUUCCUUCAUUUCAUGAUAAUAGUGGUAGUGCUGAUGUAGCAUUAGAUUUUGCUCAACUUGAUCCACGAAAAUCAAACAAAUUACAAUCUUCACAUAAUUCUCUAGAUGAUAUUGAUGAAAAUUUUGAAGAAGAAUUGGAUUUUAACUCAUUCUCAAAGAAAGUAUCUACACCUUCAUUAGUUCCCUUUUCAGAAGGUAUUGGACAUUCGAUUCUUGCAGGUGCCCUCAAUUUGACCAAUUCUCAGGACAAUGGAAUGCCCACUUCAGUAGGAGAAAAACGUCCAAUGCUUGGCACAAAGCAGUUACCACAUCAAGUAUCUCCAGCACUGGUUGGAAGUAACGUACCUAUAUCUUCUCUAUGGCCACAUAACACAAAUGACAGAAGUAAGUCAAGCCUGGAUGAAAAAGAAAGUAGUUAUGUGUUGUCAAAUUUCUCCCAGUCUUCAGCACAUGGAACAUCAAGAUAUUCAUUUGCCAAUAAAAAUGCAUUUAAUUUAAGACAUGACUCGGGAGAGUUUGAUAUUGAUAGUUUGUUAAAAGAAGGUAGUCUAAAUGGACUUGAUGGAGCAAGCCAUAACCAAUAUAACUCAGAUCAGUUAAAAGAAAUAGGUCGUGCUUCUCAAGACUACUCAGAUCAGUUAAGUGUAGACAACAGUGAAGCAGCAGAAAGGCCAAAUUCAACAGAAAUGCAGUUACCAGUUUUAUCUUUUGAACUCUCUGUCACUGCAAAAGAAUUUGUUCCAAGAUUGCAAAAAGAAGAUGAUUUUGAACAAGCUGAUGAGCAGUCAGAGAAGUCACAGCCUCAUUUUGUGAUGCCAAAAAUGGGGAAACCUUUAGAUGGGGGGAUGCCCAUUCCACAACCUCGAAUUCCGAAUCAGUUUGUUCCAGGCUUUCGCCUUCCACGAGCUCCUUUCGGUAUGCAGAUGCGCCCACCUUGGCCACCUAGAGGAGGUAGGGGCUCAAUUCCAAGGGGAAUGCCUCCAUGGAUGAAGCAUUUCCCCAGUUUUCCAGAACCAAGAGGGGCUCCUCCUUUUCUACCCCCAGGUGGAGUACUUCCUGUCCAAAGAAGUAGUAAAUCUACAGCAGAAGCAAAUGAGAGGGAAAUUGAAAGAGUGAGGCAAAGGAUUGCAAGUGGUGCUAAAGUGCUGGUAGUUUUAAGGGGACUUCCAGGAAGUGGGAAAUCUACAUUAGCAAGGCAGCUUGUUGGAGAUGGACAAAUUUUAAGUACGGAUGAUUAUUUUUGGGAGAAUGAAAUAUACAACUUUGAUGUCAGUAAACUUGCAGAUGCUCAUGAAUGGAAUCGCAAAAGAGUUGCUGCAGCAAUGGAGGAGAAGUGUACACCUGUUAUUAUAGACAACACAAAUACUCAAUCAUGGGAAAUCAAGCCAUAUCUAAAACUGGGUAAAGCAUUUUCAUAUGAAAUGGAAUUAUUAGAACCCAAUACACCAUGGAAAUAUUCUGUUAAAGAGUUAGCAAGGAGAAAUGAUCAUGGUGUGCCAAAAGAACAUAUUCAAAAAAUGAAAGAAAGGUACCAAAGAGAUUUAACAGUAGAGCUGAUCCUGGGGUCGCCCUUUAAGAAAAAAAUAGAAAAUGGUGAAAAGCCAAAGGAUAUAGAGUUUUCACCAGCAGAUUUUCCUGAGCUAAGAAAUUCACAGGCGGACAGGGGAAGUCCAUUUAAUUCUUCACGCAAAGAUUCAUUGGACCAGGAAGUUUUCUUGACAAGGCCUGAUGAUUUCAAGGAGAGUGAAAGCACUAUAAAAUUAAGGAGAAACAGUGGGGAUUCAGGUCGUGAGUGUUCCACUAUUGGUAGUGAUACAGAUUCUGAGAAGAGAGUGGAAAAGGAAUUUGAUAGCGAUAACAGACAGAGUCCUAUCCCUACUACCAUAGGAUAUGUUGCUAGGUCUCAUGUGGCAAUGUCAUCCAGCAAUAUACACAAACAACUGGAAAUUAUCACAAAACGAAAAACUCUUAUGUCACCACCUGUUUCUCAAGGUUUUAGACAGAAGGAAGACAUGUGUCAAAAAACUGUGGAAGAUUUCACAGUGUCUUUCUCCACAACUGACAUUACUGACACAAAAACAGCAGGGGAUGAUAUAGAAGGGAAAGUGGAUAGUCUUAUUAUGGAGAAUGUGGGGAGCUCUUGGAAUAGUGACUUUGAUCAAGAUAAGAUAAUUGAUGAACUUAAAUCUUGGAUCCUUUUCAUGGACAUUGAUCCAACCCAGCACAUGCAAGUUGAGAAAAUGAUAGAAGAAAAAAUCAAAAUAUUAUCAAAAAAUUGUGAUAAUGAUCAAAGUGAUAUCAAGGAACAGAAUUCUGCUGAUGAAAGCAAUGUUAUAAGUGAUUUCAGGGAAACAGCUGUGUCUGAGAAUGAAGAGGUUUGGGAUACACCCAUGGAUCAGAGAAGCAAGAAGAAAAAUCUGCACAAAAAUGCUAACUUAGAUAAGGACCUAAAACCUGACAGUUGGAGUGCUGAUAAUUUAACACGUGAAGAAGUACUAGAAAAGGGUAAUAUUGAAUCAAGUAACAAAGGACAAAUGGCUGAAACUAUUCCCAAAAAUAAUAUGACAUCAGAACUAAGCAACAUUAAAGCAUCUGAGCAGUUGUACUGGUCAACACAGAAAGAUAUUGACUGUAAUAUCAUGGUGUCCAGUGAUUCAUGGGAAAAUAAAGAACCCCUUGGACAGAGACAGGUCAGUAAUCUUACACAAAGAAAUUGUCAGGCUUCAGAUGCUAAAGAUGAAGUCACAGAGAAAUCUGAUGCACAAAGUCUAAUGCAUAACGUUGUUUCUCUGAGUGCCAUGAAAUCCAAGCCUGAGGUUGUGGAACCUAUUUCAGACACUUUUAACCUCUCAAAAACUCUAGCUGACCCUUCCACAGAACCUCGGGCAUCAGCUUUAAGAGAAAAUGUAGAAACUAGCGAGUCUACUCCCAAAGAACCAAGCUCAGUAGUAUGUGAGGCUAGCAAGAUAUCAUUACAAGAAGAUAAUGUUCAUGAGAAAGAUAAAGCAAGGUCACUUAAGAAAAACAACAAAAGGAAAAUGGCUGCCAGAUUCCCACUGCUUAAUGACAGUGACAGGGCCAAGCUAGCUGUAAAUGACUGGACUGCCAUUAAAGUGGACACUCUUGAUGAUGUAAAAAGUGACAUUGCUGAGAAAAGACUUAGUGUUAAUGACAAUAAUCUAGUCAGAAAAGUGCAUUCAGAGACGGAAAUAACACCUCAGGAUUUAAACAUUAUGCAUGAUCUUAGCAGGGGAAUGACAAAGAGCAGUACAAAACUUUGUAAUGUAGUGAUUAUUGAAGGCAAGGAAUGGAAAGUUAAUUCAUCUAAUAAUUAUUCAGAAAAAAAUUCAAAAAGCUCAAAUGUUAUGACAGUACAUCGCAGUACAAUGACAGAAGAUUUUCUAGAAGCAGACAUUGAAUUCUUGAAGAACAGUUUUCCCACAAUCCCAGAAGUUGACUUAAAGGAUGUUUUACAGAGCUGUGAUAAUAAUGUAGAAUGGGCCGCAGACAUUAUUUUGGAUUGGAACUUUCAUGACAUAUCUCUUAGUCAAGAGGACAAAAAUAAAUACUUAGACUCAAUAUUUAAGGUACAACAUUUGCCAAAAUCUCCAACCAUCCCUGCAAGAUCGAGAAGUUCUUCAAGCAUAUGUGUAGGGGAGCAAUCUAAUCAGCCUGCCUUGUUAAUAGACAUAUGUAUGAAAUACUUAGAAGACACAAAUAUUGCAACCAAAGAAGACAUUGAAAAUCAACUGAUUGCAAACUCGGAGAAAAGGAUGCGCUCCUAUGAAUCCAACAUUCGUAUAUGUCAACAAUUUUCCAGAGGUAGUGAAGGAGAUGAGAUAUUUAUUGAAGAUGAAGAAUUCAGCAGAAUGAUUCUGCAAGAAUUGGAAGCUAUAGCAGAAGAUGAGCCUGCCACUGAUAGUAUUUCUGUACAAAAUGUGUCAAAAAUAGACCAGAGCUUGAAUUCAUCAUAUGUAGACUCUCCACAAAGUGGUGUUUUUGAAGAGGUGGUAGACACUUGUCAAGGCACAGUGAGUGAUGCUGGCUUUGUUCCAGUUAUGGAAUCCCCAGCUAAUCUGACACUUUCCUUAGAACUCCCCAGUGACUUUAUUCAGGCUCUUCUGAGCCUCUUCGGAUCUGUUGGAAACUUGACUCCAGUAACUGCAGAAGCUCUAACAAUUCCAGUAGAUUAUAUAACAGCACAGCGACUUCAUCAAUGUUUGAAGACAGAACAUGUAGAAAUUCAUGUCAAUCGGAGGCAGCAGAUUUCAGAUGAUGAAGCCUUUGCACAACAACUACAUUCAGAGAUGAAUAAUUCCACGUGUAAAACUACUCAAAAGUCCAUGCAUCUUAUAAUGCAAGAACAGUUAAAAGAGGAGGAAAGGAAAGCCAAUCUGAAUGAAGAUUUAAAGGCCUCAGGAUUUCAUAAUACUAUUGGAAAUAAAAUGAAAAAGCAGAAGCUGCAUGAAGAAUUUCCAGCCAUUGACCCUUCUGUCCUCGAUGAAAUAUUUCAAGCAAAUUGCUUCAGUUAUGCUGACACAGUGAGAGCAGUGAAAGGAUCACUGGGAUGCAAUGAACCACCAAAGACUGUGAUGACAGCAGAAGCAGCAGACAAGUAUGAAAGAAAAUUGAUUGAAGCUGCAAAACAGCAAAGUUUGCAAGAAAUGAUUGAUUCAUACACUUACCAUCCAAAAGUGAAGAAUGAAUACCAGAGUGCUGAGAACCCAGAAUAUGAAGACAUUAGAGGAGAAGCCAAUCUACAUUACAGGCUGCGCCAUGAAUGUUUUCAAAAAGCCCAAGAAGCUUACAGAAGAGGCAUGAAACAAGUGGCCCAAUUUUAUUCUAAUCAGGGCCAUUUGCAUACAAAGAAAAUCAAGGAGGCAAAUGAAAAUGCUGCACAAAUGAUUUUAUCUCGGAGAGUUGAGUAUCUUGAAGCAAAGUCCACACUAGAUUUGCAUGGUUUGCAUGUAGACGAGGCAGUUACUGUGCUUGCAAAGGUUAUAGAAGAUCAGAGGAAAAAGCUCUGUGGUAGAGGUGACAAAAAGAAGGAUCUUUUCAUCAUAACAGGUAGGGGUAGUCAUAGCAGAGGUGGUGUGGCAAGAAUUCGACCUGCUGUAAUGAGAUGGCUCAAACAGAACAGCUUCAAUUUUGCUGAGGUAAAUGAGGGUCUGUUAAAGCUACGUUUGUUGUGAAA